UCCAAUACGUUUUACGUUUUUAGUAAUUUAUCCUAAAAUACGGUGGGUUUUUUUUCUUGUGUCCCCAAAACGUCGACGUAUACCUGCCAAACGAACGUUUAAAAAGGAACCCCAGAUCCGCACUUGCUGUUGCUCGGUCGCCACGUUUUAUAAUCAGCCCUGGGCCGCCGUCCUCUGAUCCACUCCCGUGUUUAGUUCCCGCUCAAAGCUCCUCUUGCUGCAGGGAGGAGCGAAAUGAGUGCAGCUGAGCGCUGAGCAUCACAACCCGCAUUCAGGGAAACGGCCCAACACAGCACUUUUAUUUUUUUCCCCACUUCUCCCACGCUGUUCUUAGCCUCUGUUUAACUUUAAUGAUAAGGAAAAAUAUAAACAUUUUCAAUGUGGCGGUCAGUGAGAUGCGCUGCCCUGUGAGGAAGCUGGGAAUCUCUGGUCAGUGAAGGGAGACCCCCGCUCUCCGCCCCCGAUUGUUUCCUACGCCGACAACUGUACAGACAUGCUCAGCACUUCGCAGCUGUUAAGAUGAACAGACAGAGUUGAAGGACGUGUCAAAAGAUGCUCCUGAUCUUCAGGGGGCAGUGUUGAGGGAGGUCCACACAGCCAACCCGCUCUGUCACACCAUGUCUUACCACCAACACUACCAGCGAGGCUCCCAGGGCCGCACCAUGAGCUCUGAGGAGCGAAGCUCCUUGCAGGGCAACAAGACUUCCACACCCGUUCAUAAGAGCGCCUCCUCCUCGUCUUCAUCGCAGCGCGACAGCCGACAGGAGGCAGACAGCUGGGAAAUAAUUGAAGGGCUGAAAAUUGGUCAGAGCAACGUCCAGAGGCCUGACAAACACGAGGGUUUUAUGUUGAAGAAGCGGAAAUGGCCACUGAAAGGCUGGCAUAAGCGCUUUUUCGUUCUGGACAACGGUAUCCUGAAGUACUCAAAGUCCCCCAUUGAUAUCCAGAAGGGCAAAAUGCACUGCAGCAUCGACGUUGGCCUGUCAGUCAUGUCCAUCAAAAAGCGUGCUCGUCGCAUCGACCUGGACACGGAGGAACAUAUCUAUCACCUGAAGGUCAAAUCACAAGAAAUCUUUGACGCCUGGGUAUCAAAGCUGCGUCACCACCGGCUGUACAGGCAGAACGAGAUCGUACGCUCUCCCCGUGACGCCACCAUGAGGGCAUUUCCUCCGCCCGCUGCCGUGGACUCCCCCCAGCCAGCAGCAAGUGCGGUUCACGAGGCGAAGCAGGCUAAGCCCAGCAGCUUGCCCUGGCAGCCGGUGGCCCCCAGCAACAGCAGCCUGCCUGCCUCCUACAGUAAUGGCCAGAGCAAGGUGGUUGCCUGGCUGCAGGAGUCAGAGGAGAUGGACAAAUGUGCAGAGGAGCUUGCACGCUGCCAGUCGAACCUGACUGAGCUGAGUCGGUUGUUGCAGAGUCUAGAGAUUCUGCAGAGGACACAGUCAGCACCCAAUUUCACAGAUAUGCAGAGUGUAGAAAUGUCAAAGAAAGAAAAACGCUUCAACAGAAGAUGGAGAACAAAAAGUGUCGGCAAAGAUGCAAAAUUCCAGCUGCAGGUCCCUCUGUCUACCAGCAUGUCCCCCGUCCGCCUCCACUCAUCCAACCCUAACCUGUGUGCAGAGCUGGUGGACUUCCAGCCUCCUGUGUCUCGGCUGUCGGACAACAUAGACAACACCUGUGACUACAUUAAACUGCAGGAGGAAUUCUGCACCAUAGCUCAGAAAGUUCACUCUCUGCUGAAGUCAGCCUUUAACACUGUGGCCAUAGAGAAGGAGAAGAUCAAGCAGAUUCUGUCAGACCAGGAACAGUCAGACCACUCCUCCCAGAUCUGCACCCUCAGGAAGUCUCUGUCACAGGCCCUGUCCCAAAAUGCAGAACUGCGAACCCGGCUCAACCGCAUCCACUCUGAAUCCGUGCUGACGGAACAAGUGGUCAGUGUGAACAUCAUCUCCACUCCUGAUGAGACCAGGGAACAGAUGGGGAUCCCUCUGACUCAGCAGGCUUCUAAUGAGAGUCGACUCUCCAUGUCAGAGUCUGUCUCCGAGUUCUUUGAUGCCCAAGAAGUGCUUCUGUCAGCCAGCUCGUCGGAGAAUGAGGGCUCAGACGAUGAGUCAUACGUCAGCGAUGUGAGCGAUAACAUUUCCGAGGACAACGCCAGCGUGACUGACAACGUCUCCAGACAAAUGGCAAACGGAGACUUCGCCGGCAGCGCUUUCCGCAACGGCAGACGCAGCUGUCUGCCAGCACCCUGUCCUGACACCAGCAACAUUAACCUCUGGAACAUCCUGAGGAACAACAUCGGUAAAGACCUGUCCAAGGUGUCCAUGCCUGUGGAGCUCAACGAGCCCCUGAACACGCUGCAGAGAAUGUGUGAGGAGCUGGAGUACAGCGAGCUGCUGGACAAAGCGGCGGAGACCGAGGAUCCAUUCGAACGCAUGGUCCUUGUUGCAGCUUUCGCCAUCUCGGGCUAUUCAUCCACGUACUUCAGAGCAGGAAGUAAGCCAUUCAACCCGUUGCUCGGAGAGACUUAUGAAUGUAUUCGAGAAGACAAGGGCUUCUGUUUUUUCUCUGAACAGGUGAGCCACCAUCCUCCAGUCUCCGCCUGUCACUGUGAGUCCAAGAACUUCACAUUCUGGCAAGAUGUGAGAUGGAAGAACAAAUUCUGGGGGAAAUCAAUGGAGAUCUUACCCAUAGGGUCGGUGAACCUCACCAUCCCCAGGUUUGGAGACCACUAUGAAUGGAACAAAGUCACCACCUGUGUGCACAACAUCCUGAGUGGACGGCGGUGGAUUGAACACUACGGAGAGAUCACCAUCAGAAACACCAAGAGCAGCGCCUGUCUCUGUAAACUGACCUUCGUCAAGGGAAACUACUGGAGUUCUAACGUGAACGAGGUUCAGGGAUUUGUCAUGGAUCAGGAAGGAAAAGUGAUCCACAGGCUUUUUGGGAAAUGGCACGAGGGUCUUUACUGUGGCGUCCCACCAUCGGCUAAAUGUAUUUGGAGGACAGGUUCCAUGCCCACAGACUACGAGCUCUACUACGGUUUCACCAGAUUCGCCAUCGAACUGAACGAACUCUGCCCUGAGCUGAAAGACGUGUUACCACGAACAGACGCCAGGUUCAGGCCUGAUCAGCGGCAUCUUGAAGAAGGAAACCUGGAGAUGGCCACGUCAGAGAAGCAGCGCAUUGAAGACAUGCAGAGAACGAGGAGGAAGUGGAACGAAGAGAACAACGUCAAACAGGAGGCGCUCUUCUUUAAGAAAGUGGUGGACUCCAACCACAGAGAGAGGUGGGUUUCCAACAACACCUACUGGGAGCUCCGCAAAAACCCCGGCUUCAUCAACAUGGAAUCCACCCUGAGCCUGUGGUAGUGGACAGAUGUUUUGCUCAUCAUAUCUUCAUCACCUUUGACAAGAUCUUCAUUACCAGAGAGGAGCAGGGCGUCACCUACUGUUUGCACACUCGGAUGCAGAAAGAAACAUUGAGAUCGUCUGCGUACGUGGAAUUUUUGUCAAGGUUCCGCAGUGCUGCCCAACACAAAGUCAACCUUCAUCGGAAACUUCCUGAAGAAUGGAUGGAGACCCUCCUGUGUAGAUCCUUCCUUCAGCUCCUCCUACUUCAGAGUUCAAGUCCUGACCUUAAAGACGAGGUUAUCGAGGCAUUCAGAGAGAAUUCGAGUUGAACCCAUCGGAUUCUUGACAGCAGUUUGGGAAUAAGACAUAUCUAAGACGUAGACAUUUGGAUUACCCAUAAGACUGUGCAUGCUUAGAGAGCAGCUUCCACUGGCAUUAAGCUGUAUUUACUGUAUCAACGACUAUUGUAGAAAAAAAAAAGAGGUAUUUUUAUAAAAAUAUCUUGGACUCAGAAUUUAGUGAAAAAAAUACUAUGUUAAAAGGCAGGUUUUAUUUAUUCGUGCAUUGGUAACUUUUGAAUGUGUGACAGCAGUAACAACUCAUUUUGCUUUCAGCUGAUUCUUAAAUGGAUCUCUGUGUGAGAGUCAGCGAUCUAAUUGCUGGUUGUGAAUGCAGCCCAGCUGUUACAAACCACAACCUUGAGAGCAAGUCAAUACAUGCCUAAAAUAUUAUUACAAGUACAAUGCAACAUUAAGUACUUAAGAAUCUAACUGGGUAGUUUAACAAAUACAUAGUGUACAAUACUCUGUAUUCCUACCCUUCGCUAGGAGUUUUUUUCUUUUCUCCGAAAAACUAAUCAAGUCACUGAACAUCAGCUCUAGGCUCUGCACUAUAUAUUGCCAGCAAGGCUUAGUAACCACUACAAACUUUAUAGGAUGUAAAAUGUAAUUAACUGGCACAUGCAGUAGUGUUCUAUUAGGAAGCAGUUCAUGUUGCAUUGCACUUGCAAUGAUAUUUUUUAGCAACUUGGUAAAGGUGUAAACAUGGUCUGGUUUUGGUUUUAAUCCGGUGGGCUGUAUUUUUAUAGUGCUUUUACUCCUCUAACAAUAGAGCUAAUUGUAAAAAAAUUAACCAGAUUUCUUUUUUUUGUCCUCAUCACCAUCCCCUUCCCUAUCUUAAACACAGUGUUAUUACACAACUUGUCCACAGGGUUUCAUGUCCAAAAUCAGUCAUCUAAGUUUGCUGAACCUGAAACAUUCAUAACUGUCACCUCACUGCCUUUGACCUCUGGAAAAUCAAACAUAUGUAAAUGGUUUCAUCAGUUCAAUGUUUAAAUAGGUUCAACCUAAAGAGUCUGAAACACUGGAACUACACACAAACAGUACCACCUGAUGGUAAAACACAUCAUUUCAAAUGUUUGCCAUCAGCUCCUCUAACAUUAUUAUUUUUUCUUAGCAUUUCUUAUAACUCAUCGUCACUUUUCACACACAACUGUGACCCUAGCAAUUACAAAUGUAUGCCUAAUCCUAAUCCUUACAGUACUCCAAAGGUCUGCAACCUGUGGUUCCUGAGCCUUUUGUUGCUUUCCAGUCUCUCUGCAUUGGUUCCCUGCAGGAUGACGAAUGACAUCUGUGAAUGUUCCAACCUCACUACCAACAUUCAUGACCAGUACUUUCAGUCAGCCAGUUUACUUGGUCAACAGAAGUGCACCCUGGGAUAUCUGCAGUCAACGACUUAUACAUGACAAAACAAGUUUGAACUGAUUUAUAACGUCAAACCUGAAUUUUAGUGUUGAAAUGUGUUUCUUUGUAGGAAUAAGCAUCCUGUUAUGUAGUACAACAGGCAAACUCUGGACAAAAAUUAUUUGGCAGUGAAAUUCGAACAAUCUCUAUUUGUGGUAAAAGUUGCUAGUCUUUGCCCUAACCCUAACACCGCCUUAAUUCUCAUUCCAACUCGAAACUUAAUCCUAAAUCUCUGAAUACCCUCUUUCCUAGCAGGGAACCAAAAAAAAAAAAAAGUCCCCAC